GGCGUACAUCAUGCACUCCUCAUGCACUUGAGUUCAAUCGGCGUUGAUCCUUACUUGACUGUCUCUAGUUGCACAUUAACACGGACGAUAUGCAGGAUCUACCCUCAGCGACCUUAGGUCCACAGGCUGUGGUUCGAGACAGUACCUACUAUCUUGCUGACGGGGACUGUACCCUCAGAGUGGAGAACACGCUCUUCAAGGUCCAUCGCACCGUUCUCUCGGAGGAUUCAUCGGUGUUUGUCGGGAUGUUUGAGCUUCCGUCAGAGGAAGACGCCGAUAUGGACGGCUCAUCUGACGACCAUCCAGUCGUCCUGAUAGGCGACACUGUCGCAGAAUUUGAGCAAUUUCUGUGGCUGCUGUAUUCUCGGAGUCGUCAAAAAUAUCUCACUGUUCCUGAAGACCGUGCUAUCUAUCUGGAACCUCUCCUCGAUGCCGCACGUUUGGCGAACAAAUACUCCUUCACGGAAGCCCUGACGUGGGCUUUGGACAUGAUCACGGAUUGCAUUACGCUGCCGCUAUACCGGCUCGACGACAUCUUUUCCGCCAAAUUGUACGAAUACGACGCCGCGCGGGAUCGCGUGGAAAUGACGCACGCGGCGCAUCAGAUCAGAGAGAUUGUGGUUCUGGCGCAAGAAAAUGGCUUCGCGCCGCUGUUCGAAAUCAUGAGGCAGCACAUAGAGGGACACCGGCCGCCGUUCGUGUUCCUAUGUGCUGAGCUUGCGGAUGAGCUGGAUCUCCGCGACCUACGUGGCGAGGCGUAUUUGGCCCUCCUGCGGAUGGGCGCGCCGUUCUCGGUCUGCGCGGCUCGGCGGAAAGUGGAUGCAUACGAACAGGAGGAGCGGUGCCUUAGGGAGGCGUUGACGUCUGCUAAGCCCAUGCGCGGAUAUUACUGCCUUGCCAGCGAAUGGGACGAACUCUGGCAUGAGCCUCCAGAAACCGCGCACUGCGCUCGCUGUUCGUCUUCCCUGCAUGUUGCCGAUCUCCCCGGACGAUUGAGCGCCGUUUUCAGAGAGCUAGAGGACGGUGUUACCUGGAGCAGAGCCAUGCCUUUGGAUUGCAAGGCUGCAGUACUCGAGACUACGAAGGUGCUGCAGAUGACCGUCGCUCGUGACCUGGACGACGUGGUUCGCUGACGAUGUUGAUCACAUUGGUUUAUGAACUGGUCAUCGUGCAGGAGGACAACGAUGCCCCUCCAUCUACUUCCGUAUCUCGACAGAACAUAACAAAUUGUACCCACCGACCAAGACG